CCUGAGCCGCCGUACCUCUCGCCGCCGCCCCCAACGUCCGCGUCGCCGUUCUGCGCCGCCGCCAUGGCCGGCGCGGAGGACGGCGAGGAGCUCUGCGUCUCAUCCUCACACUCCGGCGGUGCAAGCUCCAAGUCAGGGGCCGACAAGAUGUUCUCCCUCAAGAAGUGGAACGCGGUGGCCAUGUGGAGCUGGGACGUCGAGUGCGACACCUGCGCCAUCUGCCGGGUCCAGGUGAUGGAUGCCUGCCUCAGAUGUCAAGCUGAAAACAAACAGGAGGACUGUGUCGUGGUCUGGGGAGAGUGUAACCACUCCUUUCACAACUGCUGCAUGUCUCUGUGGGUGAAGCAGAACAAUCGCUGCCCUCUCUGCCAGCAGGACUGGGUGGUCCAAAGAAUCGGCAAAUGAGAGGUGAGAGGAGGCUUUCCUGGUGUGUGGCAACCCUGGAUGAUCUUGCUGUCAAGUUACCGGACAAAAGCUAGACCACUCCAGCGGAUUACGUCUUCAGAUAGAAAGGAUGAUGAAGUCUUCUGAGACUCGUCCCGGGCAUGGUUUACCCUUUUGUCGCUUUUAAUUUUGAGAAUUUUCUACAAUUAAGAUAAUUUAUUAAAAAUGGCCUUUCCUACCUCCA